AUGAUGCCAAAGGCACAGGCGUCUUUACAUGACAACACAAGAAUCUGUCUUCCAGAGUUCCAGGACAUGGAAUCCAACAAUCGGAAACAAUCCAGCCCAAGGCCAAAUGUGGCCUUCCAGACGGAUGCAUCUUCUAUUGUUGUUGUUGUUGUCAUCUGCUCUUCUACCAACAAAACGUCGGCUGGUUACAUUCCCGCAUAUCUCGAUGUCAUUGUGGCCAUGUUCUACAGCAUCAGUAUCAUCGUCGGCGACCAGCUAGACUUAGCAAAAUUAACAAAUGGCUUUGAUCGCGCAUCAAGCAGGCGAAACGCCUGUAGAUAG